AUGCCACCCCGGCUACGUAUCACGACCUUCCGGCGACAAGCCCUACGAUACCCCAAUGAAAUCCGCAUCGCCGCUCGGUGUGCCAGUACCGCCGCAGCCCCGGCCGUCACACCAGCUGCUCCUAUUGAGCAAAUGACACGGUCGACUGCGCCAAUUGCCCGGAAUCCCCCUUCGCAGCCUCCUUCGCACCGAAGCCCCGAGUACCGUCGGUCCCAGCUCCUCCGCCAAUACACCUCCCUCCUCCGCACAUCCCCUCUCAUGGUCCUGUUCCAGCACAACAACUUGAAGUCUAUGGAAUGGGCCGCUAUCCGCCGAGAACUCUCCAAGGCCUUACAAAAGGUCGACGAAAAGAUUGCUGCCGAGGGGAGAACGGCUCCGGCUCUGGGCCCUUACGUCAAGGUGCAGACUGUUCAAACCAGCAUCUUCGAGGUGGCCCUGCGCAUCGUCGAGUACUUCCGACCCAACGACGCCGCCCAGACUUCCGGCAAGCCUCCUAGCGCCGUCGACCCCAUUACUCAGACCUCCGCCGAGCUGCCUCCAAUCUCCGGCUCGAAGGACGACCCUUCGCUGACCCAUGAUCUGUCUCGCGCCGCCCACGCUGCGGUGAAGCACAUGAAGGGCCGCCACGAGCUUGCCGAGAUUCUCGUUGGCCCCGUGGCCGUUCUUUCGAUCCCCACCGUCUCCCCCGAACACAUGAAGGCUGCACUGUCGAUCCUGACGCCGAAGGAAGCCGGCUUCCCGGCGCCAACCCGAAAGGCCAACCCCGACUACCACGACCCCGUUGUUCAGAACGGUCUGCAGAAGAUUAACCUUCUGGCUGCCCGUGUUGACGGUCAGGUAUUCGACAUUGACCAGACCAAGUGGGUCGGCAGCAUCGAGGGCGGCAUGGACGGCCUGCGCUCCCAGCUCGUUAUGGCUCUGCAGAGCAUGGGCUCCAGCAUCACCAGCACUCUGGAAGGCGCUGGAAAGAGCCUCUACUUCACUAUGGAGAGCCGACGAAGUGUCUUGGAGGACGAGCAGAAGGGUGAGGGUGAGAAGGGCGAGGGCGAGAAGAGCGAGUCGUCCUAA